CGCUUCUCUCUAUUUAUAGUACAAAUACUUGUUUGUUUCAUUAGCUCAACACAACAUAUAUAUAUACAAUGGCAAUUCCAGUGAUUGAUUUCUCAAAGCUCGAUAACGGAGAGAGCAGAGCCGAAACUUUGGCUCAGAUCGCCAACGGGUGUGAGGAAUGGGGUUUCUUUCAGCUGGUGAACCAUGGAAUUUCAGAUGAGCUCCUGGAGAGGGUGAAGAGGGUGUGUGAAGAGUGCUUUAAGAUGGAAAGAGAAGAGAAUUUCAAGAACUCAACAGCCAUGAAUUUGUUGAAAGAGUUGGCUCAAAAGAACAAUGGGGAGAAAUUGGAGGAUGCUGACUGGGAAGAUGUCUUUACUCUCAUGGACGGUGUUGAAUGGCCUUCAAACACCCCUGGAUUCAAGGAAACCAUGGGAGAAUACAGGUCAGAACUAAAGAAGUUAGCAGAGAAGAUGAUGGAAGUCAUGGAUGAGAACUUGGGUUUGCCAAAGGGAAACAUCAAGAGAGCCUUCAACUGCGGAGAAGGAGGUAAUGAAGCCUUUUUCGGGACCAAGGUGAGCCACUACCCGCCAUGUCCUCAUCCCGAGCUUGUUAAUGGCCUGAGAGCCCACACCGAUGCCGGCGGUGUCAUCUUGCUAUUCCAAGAUGACAACGUGGGAGGCCUUCAGAUUCUUAAGGAUGGCCAGUGGAUUGAUGUUCAGCCAAUUCCCAAUGCUAUUGUCAUCAAUACUGGGGACCAGAUUGAGGUUCUCAGCAAUGGUCGAUACAAGAGUGUUUGGCACCGGGUUUUGGUUGGCACUAGUGGGAAUAGGAGAUCUAUUGCUUCCUUCUACAAUCCAUCACUCAAGGCUACCAUUGCUCCAGCACCUGAAUUAUUGUUGGAGAAGACAGACCAAGAGCUGGAUCAGAUUUAUCCCAAGUUUGUGUUUGGUGACUACAUGUCAGUUUAUGCCCAGCAGAAGUUCCUUCCCAAGGAACCAAGGUUCCAAGCUGUAGUGAGAGCCGUGUAAGAAGGAAUAUAUAUAUAUAUAUAUAUAAAUAUAUAUAUACAUCACUGUUUUAAAUAUUAAAGUUCAUAUAUAUAAAUAUAAAUUUCCAGUACGAAGGGUCCUUUUUUUUGUUUUUGUUUUUUUUUUGUUUUGGUUGUGGGGGAGGGUUCUGGUUUGGUGUUAUUAUUUCUUUAAUUUUCUUCUCUUAAAGAAAAGAAAAGGACUACAUACCAGAUUCUCUAAGUAAAAAUGAGAUGCUCAACUCUCCAGCUCAGAUUUGCUUUGUACAACAGUAAUAUAAAAUAGAUGAUUGUGUUAUGAUAAAAUCUUGGCAAUUUGUGUUA